GGGGACAGGACCCGGGGCCUCUCCCCUCCAUGGGGUGCCGGUUCCCAGCCAAUCCCAGGGCAAGGACUGGUGCAGGGGGUGGGGGAUAGGAGCCAGGGCCCCUCCCCUCUAUGGGGUGCCGGUUCCCAGCCGACCCCAGGGCAAGGACCGGUGCAGGGGGGGACAGGACCCAGGGCCUCUCCCCUCUAUGGGGUGCCGGUUCCCAGCCGACUCCAGGGCAAGGACCAGUGCAGGGGGUGGGGGAUAGGACCCAGGCCUCUUCCCUCUAUGGGGUGCUGGUUCCCAGCCGACCCCAGGGCAAGGACCGGUGCAGGGGGCGGGGGACAGGACCCGGGGCCCCUCCCCUCUAUGGGGUGCGGUUCCCAGCCGACCCCAGGGCAAGGACCGGUGCAGGGGGCGGGGGACAGGACCCGGGGCCCCUCCCCUCUAUGGGGCGCCGGUUCCCAGCCGACCCCAGGGCAAGGAGUGGUACAGGGGGCGGGGGACAGGACCCGGGGCCCCUCCCCUCUAUGGGGUGCGGUUCCCAGCCGACCCCAGGGCAAGGACCGGUGCAGGGGGCGGGGGACAGGACCCGGGGCCCCUCCCCUCUAUGGGGCGCCGGUUCCCAGCCGACCCCAGGGCAAGGAGUGGUACAGGGGGCGGGGGACAGGACCCGGGGCCCCUCCCCUCUAUGGGGUGCGGUUCCCAGCCGACCCCAGGGCAAGGACCGGUGCAGGGGGCGGGGGACAGGACCCGGGGCCCCUCCCCUCUAUGGGGCGCCGGUUCCCAGCCGACCCCAGGGCAAGGAGUGGUACAGGGGGCGGGGGACAGGACCCGGGGCCCCUCCCCUCUAUGGGGUGCGGUUCCCAGCCGACCCCAGGGCAAGGACCGGUGCAGGGGGCGGGGGACAGGACCCGGGGCCCCUCCCCUCUAUGGGGCGCCGGUUCCCAGCCGACCCCAGGGCAAGGAGUGGUACAGGGGGCGGGGGACAGGACCCGGGGCCCCUCCCCUCUAUGGGGUGCGGUUCCCAGCCGACCCCAGGGCAAGGACCGGUGCAGGGGGCGGGGGACAGGACCCGGGGCCCCUCCCGUCUAUGGGGUGCUAGUUCCCAGCCGACCCCAGGGCAAGGACCGGUGCAGGGGGCGGGGGACAGGACCCAGGGCCCCUCCCCUCUAUGGGGCACAAGUCCCAGAUGGCCCUAGGGCCCCCCCGGUGGUGGUGGGGCUGGGCCACGAGACAACGUUUCCCAGGAAUCUUUAUUACAAUAAUUUAAUAGAAAAGCAAAAACCCCGUUAAAAUAAAUUAUACAAACACGACAACAACAGGAAGUGAGGGGCAGUACCUGGGGGGGAAUGGGGCCCCCGCCUCUCCCCCUUUGCCUUUUCUGUGAGGGGGGUGAGGUUUGGACCAUGCCAAUUUAUUUGAGAGGGGGUUGGAGCAUCCCAUUGUAUUUUUAUGGGGGUGUGAGGUUUGGAACAGCCCAUUUUCUUGGGGCAGGCUGAAGCAUCCCAUUAUAUUUUAUAAGAGAAGGGAAUUGGAACAUCUCAUUUAAUAGGGAGACUGGAACAUCCCAUUUUAUUUUGAGGGGUGGGACUUGGAACACCCCAUUGUAUUAUUUGAGGCAGGUUGGAAUAUCCCAUUGUAGUUUGUAGGGGGAGGAGAUUGGAAAGUACCAAUUUAGAUUGGGUGAUUGAGUAAAAUUUUAUUGGGGGGAAUUGGUACCUCCCAUUUUAUUGGGAGGCUGGAAGGGGAGUAGAGCAUUCCACUGUAUUUGGCCAGGGAAGAGAAGAGUGGUGCGUUCCAUUGUAUUUUGUGGGGAAGCAUAGUGGGCCCAGUAGGUUGGCAUGUACCAUGUGUUUUAACCGAUGCUGGUAAGAAACAUCAACAUCGUGUAUUUUGGGGGG